UAUCCACCGGCUCACCCAGCACCAUGCCCCUCGGUUAUAUAGAUCUGCCGCGUGUAAACCCACCCUCUUCUCCAGCCGAACCCCGCCUCGCCGUCUAGCUCGCUCGCUCCCGCUUCGCGGCGCCGCCGCCGUCGCCAAAAAUGCCGUUCAAGAGGUUCGUGGAGAUCGGGCGGGUGGCCCUGGUGAACUACGGCAAGGACUACGGCCGCCUCGUCGUCAUCGUCGAUGUCGUCGACCAGAACAGGGCACUUGUGGAUGCCCCUGAUAUGGUCCGUUGCCAGAUAAACUUCAAGCGGCUUUCCCUGACUGACAUCAAGAUUGAUAUUAAGCGUGUCCCAAAGAAGACUACAUUGAUUAAGGCCAUGGAGGAAGCUGAUGUGAAAAGCAAGUGGGAGAAUAGCUCUUGGGGCAAGAAGCUGAUUGUCCAGAAGAGGAGAGCAGCACUCAAUGACUUUGACAGGUUCAAGGUCAUGUUGGCGAAGAUCAAGAGAGGCGGUGCUAUCAGGCAAGAGCUCGCUAAGCUUAAGAAGGAGGUUGCUGCUGCUUAGAUUACUUUGGUGGUUGACCUGUUGAGAUUUUGAUCAGCAAUGUUCGGAUGUCCUGAAAUCCUGUAUUGUGCGUAUUGCUUAUGGGAGCUUGCAAAAUUUUAAUUUUAAACAUGCCUUGUUUUAGAGAUUUUGCCGGAAUCCUAUUGAGAAUCUAAAAUAGUAAUAUGCUGAUGCUUCGUUUCUA